UCACACUGUUUUUCCAGGAACACGUCAGCAUUUGUUCGAAAUUCGAAUGUCAUUCCAGUCUGAAAUUGCGACGAGCAAGCUGAGAAUGCCAACUUACACCAGAGAGGAGCUCUUAGCCAUUAGAAACAACAUGUCUUCGCAAUCGCAGCAGCAGAACGAGGAGCCGAAGCCGGAGGGCCGCGCAAACGCCGGGCAGCAGACUCAGCUCGAGGCCCUGGUGACUCCCAUUCACGCCUUGUGGAAGAAGUCCAAGGACAUACAAAGGCACUUGGACGCCUUCUAUGCGACGGUUGAACAGCGCAAGUUGAAGUCUGGCGGCCACGAUGAGCGCGCCCUGAAGGUCUUCCGGUCUGCCAGGAUUUCCCUGGCGGACUUUCAUAGCCAGCUGCAUAAGAAGGUUUACGACAUGACCAUAAUGGAAAUGCCACCGAUGAAGUAUCCGCUGAAGCCGCCGUCGCACCAGAUGUCGUGCCUGGAGGUGAUUGAGAGUCUGCAAAUGCAAGUUGAAGAGCACAGCCAGCAUAUGAAGCAGCUGAAGAAGCUGCUGCAGGACCAGAUGAAGGUGCUGGAGCAGCGUUUCGUCGAAAUCGAUCUGGCCAUCAAGCAGCUCAAUAAGGACUUCAAGAAGGGCGACCACUUGGCCAAACGCCGCACUAAAUGAGAAUCGAGCAACUGCGACGACUUCCAGACAUAGUGUGGGCAAAUGCGCUGAGCACGCCUAAUCGACUAUGUUUUGAUAA